AUGUAUGCAAAAGAACACCUGUCAUUUGACCCCCGCCGAGCAGAGCAAUGGGUUGACGAGGUGCUGAAGAUACGGCCUCCAGCUUUUACCAGAGAUUCUUCUGUAGUGGCUAAUCUCCUCUGGAAGGACGAGCAAGAGUUCCAGGAGGUACUCUGCUACUGGUCCUCUCGAUUCAGAGCCAUUUUGACAUCGAAGCUCGAAAACCCCAUUGACCCCGAGUUCGAGAAUUGUUGGUUGGAGUACAUGUCGGCCGAACAGCAUAUCAAGACCCAGUUGGAGAAUGCUCGGGAUCGUCUCCUUGAACGUAUCAAGCAUGCUGAGGCUGAGGAAGAGUGGGUCACCAAUGAGAUUUCGGUUUGGGAGGAAAUUGUACAGCAGUCUGCUUUUAUUGACCUAAUGAGGUAUCACAAGAACUGGUUUUCAGCACAUAGAAACCCAGGUGGAGAAAGCCUGGGAUUGGUCUGCCAUGGUCAACCACUGAGGCCUCUUCACCCCAAGCCUUUCCCCAACCUUUUUGUGCCAAAACACAGGACAAACACCAUGUUGUAA